ACAGGGCCUGUGUGUGCUACCUUGAUAGCGCUGUUGAGAAUGCUCAAGAGGAGAAUUGUUAGGAAGACCAACAGUGGAGGGAGGCUGCAGGACGACACAUUCAUGCCAUCGUCGUCUAACUCGCCGCAGAUGCUGAGCAACUGUUAAAAAAAGUCAAAUCGAUUAAUCAGGAGGCGGAGCGCUGUAUGACCUUGCUUUGAAUGUCAUCGUAGACGGACAAAAAAAGAAAAACACAUCGACACAAUCAGGUCGUCAGACAUGGAGAUCGUUACACACUUGAUUAAUGACACCAUAGAAUUCUACAAGUGGACCUUAACCAUUGCAGACAAACGAGUGGAGAAAUGGCCCCUGAUGAACAACCCCCUGCCCACAUUGGCCAUCAGUACAUCCUACCUGCUGUUCCUUUGGCUGGGGCCCAAAUACAUGAAGAACAGGGAGCCCUUCCAGCUCCGUAAAACCCUCGUUGUCUACAACUUCAGUAUGGUCUUCCUCAAUUUCUUCAUUUUCAAAGAGCUGUUUAUGGCAGCUCGGGCGGCGAGAUACAGUUACAUUUGUCAACCAGUGGACUACUCAGACGACCCCAAUGAAGUCAGGGUUGCAGGAGCCUUGUGGUGGUAUUUCAUCUCCAAAGGCAUCGAGUACCUGGACACGGUGUUCUUCAUCCUGAGGAAAAAGUUCAACCAGGUCACCUUCCUGCACGUCUACCACCACUGCACCAUGUUCACUCUCUGGUGGAUCGGCAUCAAAUGGGUGGCGGGAGGACAGUCAUUCUUUGGUGCACACAUGAACGCCGCAAUCCACGUCUUAAUGUACCUCUACUACGGCCUGGCUUCCUGUGGACCGAAGAUCCAAAAGUACCUGUGGUGGAAGAAGUACCUGACCAUCAUCCAGAUGAUCCAAUUCCACGUCACCAUUGGCCACACAGCCUUGUCCCUGUAUGUCAACUGCGACUUUCCCCACUGGAUGCACUACUCUCUCAUCUGCUACGCCAUCACCUUCAUCAUCCUCUUCGGCAACUUCUACUACCAGACCUACCGCCGGCAGCAGCCCAGACGAGACGCCUCCUCUUCCAAAGCUAGCAAGGCAAUCUCCAACGGGGCCCUCAAUGGACUCAGCAAGGCCGCCAAUGGCGCAGCGGCGGCGGGGAGCAAAGACGACAAACCCCAGGAAAACACCGGCAGGAGAAAGAGGAAAGGAAGAGCGAAAAGAGAUUAGAUGAUGAAUGGUGAGGCUGACCUGCUUUGAUUUAUUGGAUUUUAGUAGAAGAGAAAGAAUGGAUGAGGUACAGUGUGAUGUAUUUAUUUAAAGCCAUGGUCUGAGUUGAUGUAGAUAUGUAGACUGUAUGAGACUGGCUGGUGUCAAGAGAGUGUUGUUGAGGCGUCAAGGUUGUACAGAGGCCAUUCUGGUCACACAAAAAAAUUAGUGUGGAAUCCAGGUAUUCUCUUAAUUGAGGUGCCAGGUGGUGUAAAUCAGCUUGGCCUGCUGAGAAAUUAACACGAUUUCUCCCGCGCUUGCUGGAAAUAAGUAGAUUUACUACAACAGGAACUCAUUUAACGCAAACCAGUUUCCAGUUUCCCAACCGUUAUUGAGCCAAGGCACGCAUUUUACGCCACCAAACUAAGAUGGUGUAUAAAUGGCAACAGAUGGAUACACAGGAUAAUUACAUACCUUCUGCCAUCUAUUGGAACAGCAUUUAAUUGUUCUGCCUGUCACAAUGCUUCGCUCGUUGGUAGUAAAUAUGUACAUGUAUAUACAUGUAUUUACAUUUUAUUUACACCAACUACGUGAAAUUGGAUAAUUUCCCCUCAUGAUCUUGCAGCACAGCGGUUGGGAAUCACUGCCGUAAAUGAGCAAUCAUGUCUGUUUAAACUCUAACUAGGUCAUCCACAUGUAUAAAGCUGAUCUUGUUCUUAGCCAUUCAUAUGAGUGAGUGGUGAGUUGCUAUAUGAUAAUCCUGGAGCAACAACCACUGUUCACAUGACGGAUUUAAAUGUAUGUCAUCACCAUAUACGUCUUUGUAAUUAUUCACUAAGUAGUAAAGAUGAAGGAAAUCAAUAUCAAGUGGUGAGUCGUAAGUAACAAUACAAACAGUAAUAAUUUCUUAUCCUUUUGGACUUGGGUGUGAUUGUUCCAUUACAUAUGGAUGUGUUAUUCACCGCAGGUUACAAAGUGAUAUAACAGUGUAAUAUAUUUGAUUUCUGUAUGCAUCCUAGGUUUUGUUUGUGUCUACUUGUGUGUAAUGUGGCAAAGUGGACCUGAUAUGUCAUUCACAAACCCUCACCCUACCCACACACUGUAAAGAUGUUCGCGCCGGUCUUUUUCUCUUUAAAUUAUCAUUAUAUUGUUGGUCAUCACUUGUCUCAUAACCUGGUGAAAAUGUUGCGUGCAGAUCAACAGGGUCCUGUUAUUGUUAAGCAUACCCAAAGCUAGCUUACAACUUGUUUUUAACCAACUUAAAUCUCCUUUUUAUCAAAUACAUUGACUGAUCUAUUUUCAAGAUGUUAUGUUUACAUGCUUAGUCUUUUUGUCUUGUGCUGCCUUGAAUGUAAACACAUCAUGAAACUAAUACUGAUUGAAAAAGACAACAUAUUCAUUUAUAUGAAACAAACAGGGCUGGUGAACAACUGCUCUGCCUCUAGUAUGAAAUGUCAGGCCAUGUAAUUAUCCAAUUUUCACCAACAGCUACAUUGAGUUCUUUUUAUUGGUUGUUGCGGUAUUUUUUUGCUGUAUAAACACAUCUUUUUUUUUUAUUAUCACUCUGAGAAUGCUUGUCGUGUAUUUGUGUUGUACAUAUUACAUUGUGGUCUUUUGUACUCUGCAUUUGGGAACGCUCCCGGCUUGUUGGCUUGGACAUUUAAAUGUCCACAUUGCUUGUGUGAUUUUUUUAAAAUAUUGUAAAAUUGAACUCUCUUCAAAUUAAAUCUAAUGCCUGUAUAGAGUUUGGCUUCUUUGGCUGCCACCUCAAUAUAUCGUAUAAUAUACUCAAUGCCAAGUCAUUGGCAAAGAUAAGGAACAUAAGGCCCGCUACAUUUCCUGAUAAAGCAUUACUGUGUGAACGUGGUGUUGCCACAGUGUCAGUAUGAGAUUAUGUAGUUUUGAACACUAGGGGGCGUCAUGGAGACAUACCACAAUUCAUUAUGUGCACACUGUAAAUAUUGUAAUAAUGGAAUUACUUCUCAAAAUUACUCAAGUACAGUCACUCAAUCAAUCACAUAAUAUUUAAAAAUAUUUUUUAUUUCAUACAGAUAUUACUUGUGUGAAUAUAUUUGUUUUUUUCGUAGGGCGCGGCCUCACCUAAUAUUCCCUGCCUGUGUUCCUGUUAUAAUGUACCAUCUAAGUAUGCAACCUAACAAU